UGCAAGUUCACCUAAACGCUUCAUCGCUUCAGUUUCACCCAGUUUCUUCGUUUCUUCAUCGUUUCAAAGCUUAAGAAAAACAAAAACCCUAAAUGCAUCUCAAAAUCGCUUCAGAUUCAACGCAGAGUUCAUCCUCAAAUGCAAGUUUCAGUUCAUCGCUUUCAACGCUUUUGAAAAACAAAAUCCCUAAACGCAUCUUAAAAUCGCUUCAUAUUCAUCGCUUUCUCAUCGUUUCAGUUCAUCGCUUCUCAAAAUUGCUUUCUCAUCGCUUUCUCAUCGUUUCAGAUGUUUUAAUCAGAAUGGUAUUGUAGUUGAAUGUGACUGGAGCCGUAACGACGUGACUGGAGUUCAGUUUCUUCCAAUCAGCUCACCAGACCCUUCUUUACCUUUCUCUUUUCUCAAUUUUUGAAAAGAAUCCCUAAAUUGGAGUUUCGAUUUCUUCCGUCUGAACCGACAAGGACUUCAUCAUCGUCACGGUUAGAUUUCUUAUGUUUUAGUUUCGAUUCUCUUUACUGCGGUUGAUAGUCAUCGUUUCUUUGCUACUGUACCAUACAAACUUGUAUAAGAUAUUUGACUAUGUUUUAGUAUGUAGUUUUUUAAAUUGCUUUCAUGUACAAAUUGUGUUGGUUGCGUGUUGUAUUCAUUUCUGACGCAAAGAGGGUUCCUUGGAUUUAAUCUUUAGUACUUUGAGAAAUAGAUAAAUCUCUUUGGAAAAGAUAAACUUAUGUUUGUUUUUAAUGUAGAAAAUGGAUCGAAGUUGGAUGUAUGAUAGAGUAAACUCCGAUAGGUAUGGUUUGAAAGAUGAAUUUGUUAGUGGAGUUGAAGAUUUUGUCAAUAAAGCCAUGAAUCGACCACAAUUUUUAGACGAGGGGGGAUAAGGUGUCCUUGUGUAAAAUGCGUCUCCAUUCUCUUGAAGACGCCUAAUGUGGUCAAACAUCACUUGUACAAAUAUGGUUUUUUUCCCAACUAUUAUACAUGGAUUGAUCAUGGAGAAGCGAAUCAAAGUUUGGACAUUGAUGGUCAUUCUAGUAGCGGCGGGAAUACUAGUCGAGAUAAUACAGGUGAUGAAGAACAAUUUGAUGCAAUGAAUGAAAUGAUCUCUGAUGUUUUCAGGCCAUCUGUUAAUGCCCCAAAUGUGAAUGCUGAUAUGGAAAAUGAAAUAGUUAGUGAGGGUGAGGUACCAAAUGAAAAAGCUCAACAAUUUUAUGAUGAAUUGAUCUCUGCAAACCAACCGAUUUAUGAGGGAGCUUCUGAAUCCAGACUAUCUAUUUCAGUUAAGCUAUUGGGUGCCAUGUCUAAUUGGCAUGUUCCUCAAAAGGCCAUGGAUUUUUUCUCCCAAAUGCUAAUCGAUGUUUGUCCAACUAAAGGAUGCUUACUUGAAAAAUAUUACCAAGUGAAGAAGUUGGUGUCUAAGUUAGGAUUAGAGGUUGAGAAAAUUGAUUGUUGUGUGAAUGGAUGCUUAUUAUAUUUUAAAGAAGAUAGAACUUUAACUCAAUGUAGAGUUUGUGGAGCUGCUAGGUAUGUUCCACGAAAGUGUGGAAUGGGAAAAUACAAAGAUGUGGCAGUGAAGAGAAUGUUCUAUUUUCCGAUCAUUCCUAGGUUACAACGACUUUUUGCUUCAAAGGAAUCUACAGCUCAAAUGAGAUGGCAUCGUGAGAACCCCAGCGAUCCAAAUAUUUUACGUCACCCAUCUGAUGGAAAAGCAUGGAAACACUUCGAUGAAGUUUAUCCCGAUUAUGCUAGUGACCCAAGAAAUGUAAGAUUGGGUUUAUGUACGGAUGGGUUUACCCCUUACAUUCAAGCCUCUAGUACUCCAUAUUCAUGCUGGCCGAUAAUAGUCACACCCUACAUUCUCCCUCCCGAAAUGUGCAUGACCAAACCACACUUGUUCUUGACUUGUCUUGUACGUGGACCGUAUAAUCCGAAAGCUAAAAUAGAUGUCUACUUGCAACCUUUGAUAGAUGAUUUGUAGCGCUUGUGGAGAGAUGGCAUUGUGACUUAUGAUAUCUCUAUGCAACAAAAUUUUGUAAUGAGAGCGCAUUUAAUGUGGACGAUCAAUGAUUUUCCAGCAUAUGGUAUGUUGUCUGGAUGGGGGACACAAGGUAGAUUAGCAUGCCCUUAUUGCAUGGACAGUACAGAUGCUUUCACCUUAAGAUAUGGUGGAUAAAGUUGUUGGUUUGAUUGUCAUCGUAGGUUUUUACCAAUGGAUCAUCCGUUUAGAAAAAGUAAAAAAAGAUUUGCAAAAGACACGAUUAAGAAAAAAAAAACCACCAUAUAUGUUUACCGGCCAUGAUGUCUUGGAAGCAGUUCGUGAUUUUCCAAAAGUUACAGACAGUGAUUGGGCCUCCAAAUUUCCAGGGUAUGGCAAAAAACAUAAUUGGAUCAAAAGAAGUAUAUUUUGGGAUCUUCCAUAUUGGAAGGGCAACUUGUUAAGGCACAACCUUGAUGUGAUGCACAUAGAGAAAAAUGUAUUUGAUAAUGUGUUUUACACUGUCAUGAAUGAUCCUACAAAAACAAAGGACAAUGAGAAAGCAAGAUUGGAUUUACCUCUUAAUUGUUUACGCGGGGAUUUAGAGAUGGUUACUCUACCUAAUGGAAAGAUGGCUAAGCCAAAGGCAAAUUUUCUUUGACAUCUGAAGAGGCAAAGUUAGUAUGUAGAUGGAUUAAGGAACUAAAAAUGCCCGAUGGUUAUGCCUCGAAUCUUUCUAGGUGUGCUGAUGUCACCAAGGGUAGGAUGAAGGGGAUGAAAAGCCACGACUGUCAUGUUUUCAUGGAGUGUUUUCUUCCAAUUGCUUUUCGUUCCUUGCCUCCCGAGAUAUGGAAGCCGCUAACUGAGUUAAGUCGUUUUUUCAAAGACUUGUGUUGUAAUACGUUGAAGUUGGAAGACCUUGUUAGGUUGGAACAGAACAUUACCAUCAUCAUAUGCAAGCUUGAAAGAAUUUUUCCUCCAGGUUUCUUUGACUCAAUGGAACAUCUCCCGAUUCACCUACCUAAUGAAGCAAUCCUUGGUGGUCCUGUGCAAUAUCGUUGGACGUAUCCAUUUGAAAGAUUGAUGGGAGACUUCAAGCGUUCGGUGAAAAAUAAAGCUAGGGUCGAAGGUUCAAUAUGCACUGCCUACUUGCACCGUGAAACUACUCAUUUUUCUCUCACUAUUUCAAGACCUUUAGUUUGUUUCCAAGUACAAGUUUAAGGAAUGAUCCUCGACCAGAUCAUGAGAAUUCCCAACCAACACUUUCAAUUUUUAGCAAAUGUGGCCAUCCUAGUGGAAAAUCUCGUGACUAUUGGGUGAUUGAUAAGGAAUGGAAGUCUGCUCACGUGCACGUCCUAAUCAAUUGUGACGAGGUUAAACCGUAUCUCGAGUAAGUACAUUUUUUUAAUACAACUGUGUUGUUGUCAACCAUUUUGGAUAUAUAUACUCAUAAAUUUAAUGGCCUGUGUCAGAAUAUUCAUGCAAUAUCAUUCUAUCAAUGAGGAUGAUGCUUCUGGUCUUAUACACGAGCAAUUUCCUUCAUGGCUAAAGGACUAUGUUAGUAUAUUUCUCACCAUUUAUAUUAUGUGGUUGACAAUAAACUAUCUCUAAGGUUAGAUGUAUUUUUUAGGUGAAUGAUGAGAGGAAUGGAACAACUAGUCCACACAUGAAGGCAUUAGCUCUUGGUCCAAAUCCGAAGGCAACAUCAUGGAACAUAUACUUUGUUAAUGGGUACAAGUUUCACACUCAAGAAUGGAGUCAUGGUAAAAAGACUACUAAUUGUGGGGUAUAUGUUAAAGGUCUUACAAAUGGAGGAGAAAACGAUUUUUAUGGCAUCAUCUAACGUAUCCUUCAAUUGGAAUACAUUGGCUUUAGCAACAAGAUUGCUCUAUUUUAUUGUGAUUGGUUUAAUCCAACAAAUAAUAGUGGCACAAAAGUUAUUACUGAGUACAAUAUUGUUGACAUUAAGAUGAAUAAGCGAUAUCGUCAGUAUGACCCGUUCAUUCUUGCACAAGAAGCAAAACAGGUGUAUUAUGUCCCUUAUCCAGAAACGUGUAGAAAUAUGCGUGGAUGGUGUUCAGCAAUCACCACAAAACCAAGGGGUUAUGUCGAGAUAGACAACACCGUGGAUGAAAUACCUUAUCAAUCCAAAGAUAUGUUACCAGUUGUGCCUAUUACAGAAGUUGAACAAAUACGUGGUUUAGCCGAUGGGGGGUUAAUUAACGACGAGGUUGAGAUAACAAUGACAACUGACCCAAUGACUCAAGAUUAAGAGAACCUUUUAUCUUGUGUUUCUAUAUUUUUAUUUUGUUGGUUAGUAGAGAUUUGAAAGAACAUUUUAAUAGAGAUAAGUAGUUCAUAAUCUUUUCAUGUUUUAGUUUCUUUGUAUUAAAUUUUGUUUAAUUGUAGGACUUGAUGCCGCAAUUCCAUUUACUAAAUUUUGUUUAAUUGUAGGACUUGUUUAAUUGUGGAUCCUGCUGCCGCAAUUUUAUUUACUACAUUUUAUUUAAUUGUAGGACUUGUUUAAUUGUGGUUCCUAUUGCUGUUUUAACUUAUUAGAAUUGCGAAAAUGUUAUGAUAUACUAAUGAUCUGAUAUACUAAGUGUAUACUAAUGAUGUGAUAUGUGAAAAUGUUAUAUAUAAAAUUUUAUUAUUGGCAGCUUUAUAGUUAGCUUCUAUUCAAAUGACUGGCCAAAACGGAAAGAGAAAAGCACCAUCGAGCACGACUAAUUUUGUUGACAGGUUAUGCCGUCAACGACAAAUUCCACCUGGAAGUAUUGCUAUAAAGAAUUUUCGCAUGGUCCAUAUGAAACAUGGUUCAAAGAACCCACCACCACCACCACCUACUCAGAGAAAACAUCCACUACCGAUUCAGUCAACUAAAACACCACCACCGAUUCAGACAAAUCCAACACCACCACCUUGGCAGCCUCCAUCAAAGACCUUGAAAACCCCAACACCGUCUCCUUCCCACCCUACUUCAAAGACUCAGACAAACCCACCACCACCACCAAUUUAGACAACCCCAACACCCUCUCCUUCCCAUCCUACUUCAAUGAAUCAGACAAACCCAACACCACCACCUAUUCAGACAAACCCAACACCGCCACCUGCUGAUCAGCCUGAACCAUCAAUCCCGACUUCUGAGGAAUUCAGAUUCAUUCCUACCCCGGGAUAUACUCAUCGUGUUUUACAAAUUCCUCCCCGUCACUCCACAGAAGAGGGCAGUCAAGAAGAGGGGGACCAAGCACUUUCUAAUGAGGAACAAGAAGAACAAGUUGAUGGGCAAAGACCGAAGAUCUAUAUUGUGGAAGAUACUGAGUUAAGUCCAGGAUAUCUUGUUGCCGAAAUGUGCAGAAAAGUUAUAGAAAAGCUUUACCGGGGUACUUUUUUUAAUUAUAGUGAGCUUAAAUGCGAGAAAAGAGAAAAAGAGAGAAAUGAAUGGUUCAACAUGUUUAAAUCGCUUGUAAGCUGGGACCGUUGCGAUGAUGCUAAAAUGGAAUACUUGUUUCAUAAAAGAUGUGUUGCACGACUGCGCGAUAUAUUGCAAAAGGCUAAAGAGAAAGCAUGCAAGCCGCCUUGGAUGGGUGUAGAUACAUGGAGGUUUCUUUUUGAGAAGUGGAAGACAAAAGAGUUCAAAGAUGUCUCCAAACAAAAUAAGACUAAUCGAUCAUCAAGUAGAGGUGGGGCAGUCCAUACGUCUGGCCGUAAAGCUCACCAUGAUGUUGCACUUGAAUUGGCUAAAAAACUCAAGCGACCCGCACAUCCGGAUGAGCUCUUCAUUGCCACCCAUAAAAAGAAGAAUGGGGAGUGGGUUGACGAGCGUGCAGCGACAACACAUGAAACAUAUGUGAGUAGUCUUACACAAGCCACACAAACUGGUAAUGAUGUGGAUGGAUCAACAAGAAUACAAAUGUGGAAAGACGUUGUCGGAGGUAAAACACGGGGUCGGUGUUAUGGAGUUGCACAAUUGGCGCACAACGUAAGAGAUGGAGUGAGCUUUUUGACACAAGUGUCUGUUACAAACCCCAAUAGAGAAGCAGAUAGCGAAGCCAUUGAGGCUGCCAGAGCUGAAGCUGCCGCUGCACGUGAAGAGGCUGCCAGAGCUGAAGCGGAAGCUGCACGAGCUAAUGCGCGGACAGAUGAAUUGGCAAAGCAAUUUGAAGAUCUUAGGAAAAUGUUUGAAAUGUUUCAGUCUCGUCAGCCGGGUUCUUCUAGUGCUCCUUCGAGUGAACAUGCUCAUUAUAACUACUCGGAGGAUGAGGAGGAUGAGGAAGAUGAUGUUGCUGAUGAUCAUGAUCAAAACGAGUAGGAUGAGGAAGAUGUUGCGGGAGGAUGUGUUAUGAUUAACCUUAUGUCUAGUUUGACUUAUAAGUAUACUUAUUUUGGUACACAUUGACAUGUGUUAGGACUGUAUUAUUUUGGUAACCUUAUGUAUUAGGAUUAUGUUAUUUUGUGGCAUGUGUUAGGAUUGUGUUAUUUUGGUAACCUUAUGUGUUAGAUUAUAAGUAAUGUAUCA